AUCAUUGCACUGCAUUCAACUUCAAUCAUGGUUUAUGAUCCGAGUACACUUUCAAAUAUUAACGAAGUUAAAACUACCCAUAUUGACAUAAAUUUUAAUGUUGAUUUUGAACGUAAAAUUAUUGAUGGACUUGUUACUCUUAAACUUGUUACACUUGUCGAUAAUGUCGAAAAAUUUAUUCUUGAUACUAGACAUUUGAACAUUAAAUCUGUUUCUUGUUCCGGUGUGGAAUUGAAACAUCAUUUGGCAGAUAAAAACGAAAAAUUCGGUUCCGCUUUACAUAUUCAAUUAAAUAAUAAAUUAUCAGCUAAUACCGAAUUCGAUUUAGUUGUUAAUUACAACACUUUGGAACAAGGAACUGCUGUUCAAUGGCUAGAACCUAUUCAUGCUCGAUCUCUUUUGCCAUGUCAAGAUACACCCGCAUUUAAAAUUUCCUACAAUGCUUGUGUUGAAGUUCCAAUACUUUUACGUGCUUUGAUGAGUGCUAUUGAAGUUGGUGAAACAAUAAAUGUAGAAAAUAAUACCAAGGUUUAUAAAUUUGAACAAACCAUUAAAAUUCCAUCAUAUUUGAUUGCUUUGGCAGUUGGUAAUUUAGUGGGUAAAGAAAUUGGCCCUAGAUCAACUGUAUGGACCGAACCGGAGGUAAUUGAAAGUGCUGCUUCGGAAUUUGAAGAUACUGAACAAUUUAUCGCGAUUGGAGAACAACUUCUUACUCCUUAUGAAUGGAAAAAAUACGACCUAUUGGUUCUUCCUGCAUCAUUUCCUUAUGGAGGAAUGGAAAAUCCCUGCCUAACUUUCGUGACUCCUACAUUAUUGGCUGGUGAUAAAUCACUUGUAGAUGUUGUAGCGCAUGAAAUCUCCCAUA